AAAAAAUAUUCCUUUUUAGUAGCUCAUUUAUGAUGUACUACAGUAACCCUAUAAAAAAUUUUUUCAAUUUUCUAAAAAAUUUAUAUAGGGCAAAUAAGAAAAAAAAUUUUAUCUAAAAAAUUUGUCUAGAAAAAAUAAAAUUUUAUUUCCAGUAAAAACAAAUUUCUAAAUAAUCAAUGGGAACUAAAUUUAGCAAACCAAAUAAUUCUGAUAAAGAUACUGUUACAAUAUAUACCAAAAAUUGUUUACAUUGCAAUAUACUUUUUACUGAAGAAUUAUGGUGUAAUGAAUGUAUUAAUUCUUUAGAAAAAUUAGCAGAAAAUAAUGAUAAAGAAGCAAUGUUUAAUUUAGCCAACUGUUACAGGUAUGGAGAAAGAACAGAAAAGAAUUUAGAAAAAGCCUUUCAUUGGUAUCAAAAAGCAGCAGAAAAAAAUCAUAUUGAUUCAAUGUUUGAUUUAGCCAAAAUUCAUUAUAAUGGAGAAGGAAUAGAAAAGAAUUUUGAAAAAGCCAUUCAUUUGUAUCAGAAAGCAGCAGAGAAAGACCAUACUGUAGCAAUGAAUAAUUUAGCCAUAUGUUAUUACAAUGGAGAAGGAACAGAAAAAAACUUAGAAACAGCCUUUUAUUGGUAUCAAAAAGCAGCAGAAAAAGAUCAAAUUAUUGCAAUGUUUAAUUUAGCCAUAUGUUAUACAAAUGGAAAAGGAACAGAAAAGAAUUUUGAAAAAGCCUUUUAUUGGUAUCAAAAAGCAGCGGAGAAUGAGGAUGAGAAAGCAAUGUUUAAUUUAGCUUGCUUCUAUUAUAAUGGAGAAGGAACAGAAAAAAAUUUAGAAAAAGCCUUUUAUUGGUUUCAGAAGGCAGCAGAAAAAGAUUACAUUGGUGCAAUGUUUAAUUUGGCUGCAUGUUAUUCAGAUGGAGAAGGAACAGAAAAAAAUUCAGAAAAAGCCUUUUAUUGGUAUCAAAAAGCAGCAGAAGCAGUAAAAGGUGGUGAUGAAGUUGUAAUGUAUAAUUUAGCAAGAUAUCAUGAAAAUGGAAAAGGAACAGAAAAGAAUUUAGAAGAAGCCUUUCAUUGGUAUCAAAAAGCAGCAGAAAAAGGAAAUAUUGAUGCAAUGUCUCGUUUAGCUACAUAUUAUAGAAAUGGGAAAGGAACAGAAAGGAAUUUAGAAAAAGCCUUUCAUUGGUGUCAAAAAGCAGCAGAAAAAGAUGAUAUUUUGGCAAUGUUUAAUUUAGCUAAUCUAUAUUAUUAUAAUGGAGAAGGAAUAGAAAGGAAUUUUGAAAAAGCCUUUUAUUUGUAUCAAAAAGCAGCAGAAGGUGGUGAUGAAGAUGCAAUGUUUAAUUUAUCUAUAUGUUAUUUGAAAGGAGAUGGAACAGAAAAAAAUUUUGAAAAAUACUUUUAUUGGCAGCAAAAAGCAGCAGAAAAUGGUUAUAUUAUUGCAAUGUUUAAUUUAAGCAUUUUCUAUUAUAAAGGAGAAGGAAUAGAAAAAAAUUUUGAAAAAUACUUUUAUUGGCAGCAAAAAGCAGCAGAAAAUGGUCAUAUUGAUGCAAUGUUUAAUUUAGGCAUUUUCUAUUAUAAAGGAGAAGGAAUAGAAAAAAAUUUUGAAAAAGCCUUUCAUUGGCAUCAAAAAGCAGCAGAAAAUGGUCAUAUUGAUGCAAUGUUUAAUUUAGCCAUACAUUACGAAAAUGGAGAAGGAACAGAAAUGAAUUUAGAAAAAGCCCUUCAUUGGUGUCAAAAAGCAGCAGAAAAAGAUCAUAUUGGAGCAAUGUUUGUUUUAGCCAAACUCUAUUUUUUGGGAGAAGGAACAGAAAAUGAUUUUGAAAAAUUCUUUCAUUUGUUUCAGAAAGCAGCAGAAAAUGGUCAUAUUCAUGCAAUGUUUGGCUUGGCCAUGAUUUAUAGAAAUGGAAAAGGAACAGAAAAGAAUUUAGAAAAAGCCAUUCUUUGGUAUCAGAAAGCAGCAGAAAAAGGAAAUAUUUAUUCGAUGUUUAGUUUAGCCGAAAUUUAUUAUAAUGGAGAAGGAAUAGAAAAGAAUUUAGAAAAAGCCUUUCAUUGGUGUCAAAAAGCAGCAGAAAAAGGAGAUAUUGAGGCAAUAUCUUGUUUAGCUACAUAUUAUAGAAAUGGGGAAGGAACAGAAAAGAAUUUAGAAAGAGCCUCUUAUUGGCAUCAAAUAGCAGUAGAAAAAAACCAGAUAAAUUCUAAGAGUGAAACUAGUAAAAAUGAAUUUAUUGAUAAAUUUAUUCAAGAAGCACAAAUUAAUGCUAAAAAUAGUUAUGAAAUUUUAGAGUGGAUACCUUAUAAUAAUUUGUCAAGUAUUAAUUACUAUGAUAAAGGAGGAUUUAGUGAAAUUUACAAAGCUAUCUGGUCAGAUGGGCCUAUUUGUGGUUGGAAUUUUGAUAAACAACGAUGGAAUAGACAAGCGUGUUAUGAGGUUGUUCUUAAAAUACUUAAUAAUUCAUCAAGUUUAGAUAAUAAAUUUCUGGAUGAGUGGAAAUAUCAUUAUAAUUGUCAGAAAAAAUCACUUUCAAAAUUUAUUCAAUUCUUUGGAAUUACUCAAGAUCCAAAUAACUUAAAAUAUAUAAUAGUUAUGAGUUAUGCAAAGAAAGGAAGUUUAAGAAAUUGUUUAUCUGAUAUAAUUAAAUUUAAGUGGCAAGAUAGGCUACAGUUAUUGAAAAACAUUAUAUCAGGACUUAAAGUAAUUCAUGAAUCAAAUUUAACUCAUGGUGAUUUUCAUGAUGGUAAUAUUUUAAUGUCAAACAAUUACAAUGAGAUAUUUAUUAUUGAUUUAGGAUUAUGUAAACCUAUAAAUGAUGAUAAUAAUGAUAAUGAAGUUUGUGGAGUUUUACCUUAUAUGGCACCUGAAAUUUUGAGAAAUAAACCCUAUACCCCAGCAAGUGAUAUUUAUAGUUUUUCAAUGAUAAUGUGGGAAUUUAUAUCCGGAAUUCCACCAUUUAAAAAUAAAGUAUAUGAUCAUCAUCUUGUCUUAAGUAUUUGUGAAGGGGAACGUCCUGAAAUUAUAGAAAAUACUCCAAAAUGUUAUGUAGAUUUAAUGAAAAAAUGUUGGGAUUCAGAUCCUUCCAAUAGACCAACUAUAACGUCACUUGAAUAUAUUGUGUCUAAUUGGAUUGAAUGUAUUAAUUAUUAUUAUAUAAUGAAUGGAUAUGGAGAUUGUGAUGGAAAACAUAAAUAUUUACCUGAACAUUUAAAUGAUAUAUUGGAAUUUGUAGAAGCAAGCAAAGCUUUAGUACAAGAACAAGAAAAUUUCUCUAUUAUCCAAUAUCAUCUACAAGCAUAUUAUACAAGUCGUAAACUUACUGAAAUUCUAGUCAAUGAUAUUUCUGAGUGCAUGGAUUGUGAAAUUACAAUUACACCAUUAAAAGAUCUGAGUAUAAAAACAGAAAUGUCUAAAUCUAAGUUCUAA